CCUUAAAUCAAUCACUCAAAUUCCCUAUUUCUCCAUAACUUCAAACAUUCUCUUCGAUUCCUUUAUAUCACUCUUCAAUUUCGAAGAAAUGGAAUCAAUGAAGAUGAAGCUCUUCGUCGCCGUCGUUGUAAUGUUGAUGGCCGUAUCGGCCGUGACAAACGUCAAUGCACAAAUGGCUCCGGCCCCUGCUCCGACCUCCGACGCCGCCGCUUUCGUCCCUACCGCCGUCGCCUCCAUCAUUGCUCUCUCAUUUGGGUUUCUGUUUUGAAUUGAUUUGAGCUUCGAUUUCAUAUGAUGUAGAGAUUCAUUUUGUUUGAAGUUAUGGUAUGUAGAGUUUCCUUCUUCGAUCUCAUAUAUUGUCGAGAUUGAAGGGGAAAAUGCUUUAAUGUCAUUAUUUAAUGUGUUUUUUUUUUUUUUUUUUGUUUAAUUCUUCUCAUUUUGUGUUAAAUUGUGAUGUUGCUAUUGUAAUAUUCUUGAACAUAAUGCAUUUUCGGUGACUGUAGUUAAAUAAAUAUUUUUCUUGUA